AUUGGGCUUUUGCAUGAGCCUGCAUGGCUUUAUAAUUGCUUGCUUAUUUGCUUACUAGGUCUUUAUCAGGAUUUCCUUGGAGAUCUGGAGGUCUGCUGGGUGUGAAAAUAUCAAAGCUCUUUUAUUCUGUAAUGUUUAAUUUCAGUGUUCUUUUGUGUAUUUUGAAGUAAUAACCCACUAGCAGAGUGGACUGCUGAAAAAAGGAAUCAGGUCACGUCAUUAAAAUGUGAAAGUUUUUUCCCCCAUAUAAAUUAAUUUACCACAAUAAACUUGCCCAGUAAUUCUGCAGUUUACUGUGCACUGGCCAUGCUUAGACCACGUCAAUUAGUCUAUAAAUACAUUUAAAGCAAAUUAUAGUCCGAUAUUUGUUAUAGUUCUAUAACGAAUCUUCAAUAUCAGUAAAAACAUUUAUUCAAAUGAUCCUUUGCAAUGGUGGACACAUUAUGUGAUUACGAAAGUGUGUGAAUGUUAAAAAAAAAACAAAAAAAAAACAUUAUAAUGACCCCACACCCAUCAGAGCAUAGAUACACUUCCUAAGCCCCGAAGGCUUUCCAGAAUCAGAAAGUAAAAGCUUUUAAUUUUACAAACCUUUCAUCUCUACUCCCUCCUGUCUCUCAGGUCAUAACGAGAUGCCAAAUCCCUUUUGAGUGAACGUCAGUGUCUUUUGAGCUGAUACAAAAUGAAGCUGCAUUGCAUCAUAGCCUGGGAUGACAAUAAUAAACGCAUCUCACAAUGGCAUCGCAACAAAUUACAAUCCUGACAUUGUUGUUCCCUUUUUACUGAAGCUGCCAGUAAAACAACAGAAGGGCUUAGUUUACACCUGUUCUGCCUGCCAGCACUGCAAGUAACUCACAAGGUAUCACUGAGUCGACAGUAAAGAAAGGCAGUCUGGGUUACAGGGCACACAAAUCUGUAAUCUUAAUAAGCAGCACCAGGCUUUUGUAAGAUAAAUGCACCACUGUACUGUACUGGCUGGCAUAAAAAGCUUCCUGUUCUCUCUGUUCGAAAAACAAAAAGGGAGAGGAAUUUAGCUGUCAGGGUUAUUGAGAAGGUUACAUAUCAUUAGAUGUACUGUAAACUAUCCUGGGCUGAGCUUGCAAGGUGGACAAUGCUGCUUAGAAUCUGAGCUUUCGCCUCCUCUUCUCGUAACACACAGCAGUGUGGACUGAGCACAUAGACUGGGCACAGGCCCCUGUGCUCGCUUUCCAGUGGUGUGGGAGCUCUGAGGGGACAGACCUGUAUCUACACCACGCUACAGUGGGCAGGCUAAAGGAGGGUGUCAGCGAGGAAAUGAUGUGCAGUGCCUUGAGUCCCAAGGAGUCCCGGGGCCCCAGCCUCUCCGACAUGCACCAGUACAGCCAGUGGCUGGCCAGCCGGCACGAAGCCAGCCUGCUGCCCAUGAAGGAGGACCUGGCGCUGUGGCUCUCGAACCUACUGGGUAAGGAGAUAACGGCAGAGAGCUUUAUGGAGAAACUGGAUAAUGGAGCUCUGCUGUGUCAACUGGCAGAGACCCUGCAAGAGAAAUUCAAAGAGCUGCCGAACUCUGCCAAGAACCUGCCCUUCCGGAGGAUCCCCUGCAAAGCCAGCGCCCCCUCCGGGUCAUUCUUCGCCCGCGACAACACUGCCAACUUCUUGAGCUGGUGUCGGGAGUUGGGGGUGGGAGACACCUGCCUGUUUGAGUCUGAAGGGCUGGUUCUUCAUAAACAACCCAGAGAAGUGUGUCUGUGCUUACUGGAGCUGGGAAGAAUAGCAUCCAGAUACGGGGUGGAGCCCCCCGGACUGAUCAAACUGGAGAAGGAGAUCGAGCAGGAGGAGACAAUUCCCAUCCCAUCCCCCUGCCCCCUCUCCCCUGUCUCCCCCUCACCCACCAAGUCACCCGGCAGGAAAAGCACAGGGAAGCUUCUGGAUGACGCUGUAAAACACAUCUCCGAGAACCCUCCUUGUAAGUGCAGUAACAGGUUUUGUGUGGAGAUGCAAUCCCAAGGAAGAUACCGGGUGGGAGAGAAGAUUCUCUUCAUCAGGAUGCUGAAUAACAAGCAUGUGAUGGUGCGUGUGGGGGGAGGCUGGGAGACGUUCGAGAGCUACCUCCUGAAGCACGACCCCUGCCGCAUGCUGCAGAUCUCCAGGGUGGAGGGCAAGAUGUCCCCCGUCCCGAACAAGCCGCCCAGCCUCAAGGAUCUUAGUCCCGACAGCUACCUGGUGGUGGCCGCUAACUACAGGAGCAAGAAGUAGCCGCGCUGUCCCACAACUUGACCCCGCUGACCACGAGGCGGAAGUCCUUACGUUAUUUGACUGGUGCCUGGCUUUCAGUGUCGUGCAGCAGGGACGAGCUCAGCAGAUAGAGUGGACAGGGUCUUUGGAUUGAUGUAGAGGGUCUUCAGACGUUCUGCAAAAUUUGGGACUUUAUGAUAAUCGAAGAUGUUGCAUUUUAACAGUAAGGUAAAUUAACACUAGUGGAAGCCCCCCGUCCCAAUGUAGUUCUGCUAUGAUAACUGGGGUAAAGGGGACUCUUUGUAAGGCUCUGGAUUGGUCUUUCAAUGGAGUACUGUCCCAUUUAGAAAUCGGUGUUUAUUCAUGAUGACCCCGCCCCCAUCUUGACCCCAUUCCCCCAUGUCAUAUUGAAUAGCCAAUCAGCCAUCACCUCAUUCACCUCAAAAUUACCUGCAUCAUACAAUGUUCCCCUUUUAGAGUAGACCCUAACACCCUUGCAAUUGAUCAUUAUUAUUUUUUUUUUUCAGUUGGACAGCUUGACUUAAAGUAACCUAACAUUGUGAUAUGGUGUUUGAUGAAUGCUUAGCUGUUAGUUCACAGUGCAGUAACUGCACAUCAAUCCAGAGCUCUUGAAGGCUGCCCCUCCCUCUCGCACAGCCCCUGAUCAGACUAUCGGCACACCUCCAUGUCUCACUCGCUUCUUUUAAAGAAGCGAUUAACUCAUUUUACACCAGAGCCAAUGCUUAGAACAAGUCCCGCUUUAAAAAGCAAGGUGGGUUCAAGAUGGGAUCGUAUGGAUCUUGAAAACGUGGAUUACUCAUUUUAAUCAUUUCCUUAAAUCAGAUUUCACAGAUUAUUAGCUUAGUUUGAAACAAUUAAAAAAAAAAAAAAGUUCCUUCACUGUCUCAGUUACAGUGUAUUGGUCACUUGGUGGCACUGUGUACUAUGCAGUCGAAGUAACAGCAGUUACAACAUUUGGCCACCAGUGGCACUAUGCUCUAUGCAAAGGAGUGAAUGUAAAAACGAUGUCAAAGGGUAAUAGAUACCCGUUGCAGGUCUUAGAUGUUACGCUAAAGGAACAGUUAACUGGUUUAAAGAGUUGCCUUAAAAUUGAUGCAUUCUUUUAUCACUAUCUGAAUUAAAUGUUAUUGAUUUUGUAGCUAGA